GUGCUUCCGGUGCGGGCAGCGCUUUUCCCUGACUCAAAAUGGCGGCGCCCUUGUCGGUUCAGUUGGAGUUCGGAGGGGGAGCAGAGCUCCUGUUCGACGGGAAGAGAAAGCAUCGGGUCACUUUGCCCAGCCAGCACGAACCUUGGGACGUCCGCCACUUGUUGGUGUGGAUUAAAGAGAACCUGUUGAAAGAGAGGCCGGAAUUGUUUGUGCAAGGCGAUUCCGUGCGGCCUGGAAUCCUGGUGCUGAUCAACGACGCCGACUGGGAGCUGCUGGGGGAACUGGAUUAUCAGCUCCAAGACCAAGAUAAUGUGGUCUUCAUCUCAACACUUCACGGGGGUUAGACGACUGGAAAACCUGGAAGGGCAUAAGAAGGAGUGAUGCUGGACCCGCGUGUAAGCUCCCUCUUUCCCUCUGCCAGCAUCCAAGAUGAGUCCAGCCAGACCCAGGUCCUUCCUACCAGACUCCCUCUAAUCAAUCUGCCCUUCGGAUGCGCGGCUCCUCCCAGCCUCUGGCUCCUGCGUCCCGGACAGGAAUUGGAAGGAUUUCUGUGUCUGGCCACUUGUUCUUGCUUCGGGAGAUUUUUGCUGUGGAGCAGGCGACUGAGCCAGGGCUGCACCCACUGCAGCCGGGCGCCGGUGGCUGUCACUCUCUGCGUGGGCUCUCCUUGCUCUCCGGGAGGCACUGCAGGGCAGUGACCAAAGCGGGGUAUUCCUUCCCCUCGGUUCCAGCCCUCGGAUCCAGCCAGGGCCUUUUGCAGUCGCUUGCAGAAAGACUGCAGUCUGCCUUCCCCGCAGUUGCACACCUGCGCUUGAUCUCCCAGGGGUGGAUUUCAGCUGUGUGUCUGAACUGGACCCUGUUGAAAACUGGUCGGUCUAGGGGCAGCGCUUAAACAAGGACUUUGCAUUUGUGACAAGAAGGAACUCUUUCGGAUGCCUUUAAGAUCUCUCUCUCUCUCUCUCUCUCUCUCUCUCCCUCCCUCCCUCCCUCCCUCCCGCAGGCAUACAUGAAUUCUAGAGCUUUCAUUUGUUAGAGGUAUUCCCUGGUCUUCUCCUACUGUUGUGUUCUUAAUUUUUACUCUUAAAAUCCUACACUUUACACGUUGCUUUGCCAAGGGUUUUGCAGAACCAGAGGGAUGGUGGGUGGGAAGACGACGACCUUUGGGUGAAAUGGCCACACUUGCAAAGAACGGGAAACCAGUGAACUGGGAGUCCUUCAGCACGUCGCUCCCUGCUUCGGUCUCGAUUCAGCACGUGUGGAAAGGGAGUCAUAGAGACCCACUGUAUAGGAUGGCUGUGAUCAGAGAAAAUAAAUACCGUAAAACCCG